AUAUAAACACACACCAUUGCCUCUAUUUUACAUAUUACUUUCCAAAGAAACGAGCCUAUUUCUUCCCUAUAUCCACUCAUCCUUGUCUUAUAUCAUCUUCAUCAUCAUCUACCUAAACCUGAGCUCAACAGAAAAGUAAUACCAUGCCGUCAGUUUCCGGCCAAAUCGUCUGUGUUACUGGUGCCGGAGGUUUCAUCGCCUCUUGGCUUGUUAAAAUUCUUCUUGAAAAAGGCUACACUGUCAGAGGAACAGUACGAAAUCCAGAUGAUCCGAAAAAUAGUCAUUUGAGGGAGCUUGAAGGAGCAAAAGAGAGGCUCACUCUGUGCAGAGCUGAUCUUCUUGAUUUCCAGAGUUUGCGAGAAGCAAUCAGCGGCUGUGACGGAGUUUUCCACACAGCUUCGCCUGUCACUGAUGAUCCAGAACAAAUGGUGGAGCCAGCAGUUAUUGGUACAAAGAAUGUGAUAACGGCAGCAGCAGAGGCCAACGUGCGACGUGUGGUGUUCACUUCGUCAAUUGGUGCUGUGUACAUGGACCCAAACAGGGAUCCUGAUAAGGUUGUCGACGAAACUUGUUGGAGUGAUCCUGACUUCUGCAAAAACACCAAGAAUUGGUAUUGCUAUGGAAAGAUGGUGGCAGAACAAGCAGCAUGGGACGAAGCAAGGGAGAAAGGAGUUGAUUUGGUGGCAAUCAACCCAGUGUUGGUGCUUGGACCACUGCUCCAACAGAAUGUGAAUGCCAGUGUUCUUCACAUCCACAAGUACCUAACUGGCUCUGCUAAAACAUAUGCCAAUUCAGUUCAGGCUUAUGUGCAUGUUAGGGAUGUGGCUUUAGCUCACAUACUUCUCUACGAGACACCUUCUGCAUCUGGCCGUUAUCUCUGUGCCGAGAGUGUGCUACACCGCGGCGACGUGGUCGAAAUUCUCGCCAAAUUCUUCCCGGAGUAUCCUAUCCCCACCAAGUGUUCAGAUGUGACAAAGCCAAGGGUAAAACCGUACAAAUUCUCAAACCAAAAGCUAAAGGAUUUGGGUUUGGAGUUUACACCAGUAAAACAAUGCUUAUAUGAAACAGUGAAGAGUCUACAAGAGAAAGGUCACCUUCCUAUUCCUACUCAAAAGGAUGAGAUUAUUCGAAUUCAGUCUUAGCAAUUCAGAAGCUCUUAGCAUGUAUUGAGGAAAAGGAUCAAUGGUUAAAGUUGACCAUGGCGUUGUCCCUUUAUGUACCAAGAACCAAAUGCACCUAGAAAUUUACUUGUCUACUUCUUACUUUAACUUGUCAUGGAAAUGUUUUUAGUGUUUUCAUUGUUAUGAGAUAUAUUAUGGUGUAAAUUACCCUCAAACAUGAAUAAUGUCCAAAUCUUUCUGGUAACACUGUGAAUAUUACCAUUGAUCAACCAAA